GAUCCCCGUGCGCUGGGGCCCAAAUUAGGAGAACCUCAGUACCCCACGUGAUCCACGGUCCGCCCGCCGCGCAAGCUGGGCCACGGGCUCGCGGGCGGGCAUGCGCCGGUUCCGCGAGCGACCACCCCGCCAUCCGCGGAGCCUGCCCUGCGCUGCCCACCGCUCCUCCGCCUACUCCGGCCUCAGCUAAUAACGAUGGGUGGUGGGAGCCGAGCCCUUUCCCUCUCCUCCCUCUGCGCCACCACCCUCGCCGCCGCCAAGCCCCCACAGCACCCCGUCCCCUUCGCCCCGGCUCACCGCGCGCUCCCCCACCGCCUCGCCGCCGCCAUGUCCUCCUCUUCCUCCCCGACCCCCGCCGCAUCGGUGGACGCCGGUGCCCCGGCCCCUUCGGCGUCCAACGCCAUCGACUUCCUCACGCUCUGCUACCGCCUCAAGACGACCAAGAGGGCGGGGUGGGUGAAGCGCGGGGUGCAGGCGCCCGAGUCGGUGGCCGACCACAUGUACCGGAUGGGCGUCAUGGCGCUCGUCGCGGCCGAUCUACCCGGCGUCAACCGCGACAGGUGUGUCAAGAUGGCGAUUGUGCACGACAUUGCAGAAGCAAUUGUUGGUGACAUCACCCCUUCUGAUAAUGUACCCAAGGAAGAGAAGAACCGCAGGGAGAAAGAAGCAUUGGACCAUAUGUGCGAGCUGCUUGGUGGUGGUUCAAGAGCACAAGAAAUUCGUGAACUUUGGAUGGAGUAUGAGGAGAAUGCGUCUUUGGAAGCGAAGGUUGUCAAAGAUUUUGACAAGGUUGAGAUGAUACUUCAAGCUCUGGAGUAUGAAAAGGAGCAAGGACGGGACCUUGAAGAAUUCUUCCAAUCAACAGCAGACAGACUUGGGAAAAGCAUGGGCAGCGGAGAUUGCAUCGAGAAGAAAAACAAAGUGAUCAAACGAUGCUCAUUUUACCACGUCGGUUCCAAGACAACUUGCUGGCACAGCAUUUCUGUUGAACUUUGCUUUUACUAGAUGAUACUUCGAGGUGGCAUUGAGACGUAGGGUUGCCUUGGGAAUGUGAACUUCACCACAUUUCUUGGUCCUGCCCUGACCCUGAGGCAUAUUGGGCUUGCGAUACCAGGGCUCUAGAUAAGUAAGAUAACCCACUUUGGGUAUUGGUUGUAGAUGCUCCUGCCAAGGGCAGUUAGCUGGAUCCAACGGGAAGGUUCAGCACCAGCUGGUGGUGAUGUAAAAUCCUUCACUUCAUGAAUUACUGUACCAUUACCGUUUCUCUUGUUAAUCCAGCCUCACGGUUUCGGCCUUUUUUAAUGUAAUUCUAUUGUUUUCAAGUAUAAUGAGCCUGAAUAUUUGCUAUAUCCAUUUUGGUUGUUGAUGA